AUGACCAUCUCCCGCCCGCUCGUGUCCUCUCCCCUCGCCGCCCCGCCGUCACAGGGCGCGCUCCCCUCUGGUCGCCCGACGCCGAAACGCAACAGCUCGUUCGGCACGUCGCGUCCAUUGCGGCCAUUCCCAUCCAUCUCGACCGCGGUCAAGAAGCCGAGCGUAAAGCUCAUUCAGCCGCCGAAGAACCAGCGCAACCAGUUCACGCUCGACCUCACCCAAGCCGAAUUCAACCGGCAGGAGUGA